AUGCAGCCCGCCUUCGCGCCGUCGCUCGGCGCGCCUCGCGCGAAGCACGUCUCCUACGUGGGCCUGCGCCCGCGCGCCUGCCCGCUGCGGGCGCGCCCCUCGACGGCCGUCUCCGCGCGCGUGACGCCGACGGCGAAGCUGUUCGACUGGAAGAAGCGCCAGGACGCGACGUACGCGGAUCUGCCACCCGAGGACGAGGGGAUCUUCACGCUGACCAACCUGCGCCCGGCGCCGGGCUCGCGCAAGAGGAAGAAGCGCAAGGGGCGCGGCCACAGCGCUGGGCAGGGAGGCUCGUGCGGCUUCGGCAUGCGCGGCCAGAAAUCCCGCUCCGGACGCGGCGUGCGCCCCGGCUUCGAGGGCGGGCAGACGCCGCUGUAUCGCCGCAUUCCGAAGUUCGUCGGCAGGCCCAUGGGUCCUGGGCACAAAAAGACCGAGUACGCGCUCAUGAAGAUUGAGUUCUUGAACGGGUGCGAGGAAGGCAGCGUGGUCACGUUCGAGGGGCUCAAGGCUAUGGGGAUCAUGACAAAGCAGAAGAGGAAGAUCUAUAAGGUCGUGGGCGGGGAGGACCUCACGGUUAAGAACUUGACCGUUAAGGCCCAUGCGUUUACCACCAGCGCUGUUGAUGCAAUUGAAGGUGCCGGUGGGACGUGCGUUUUGGUGUCCCCGACCACAGGCAAGGAUAUCGUUUUCGAAGAAGAGGAAGACGAGGAGGUUGCCACCGAGAGUGAGACCGAGGAAGCGGAUCAGCCGGAGUAA